AUGAUUGAAAUGGUUCAUUGUCUCUGGAAACGGUCACCACUUUUAGCACAAGUGGGACGGAUACGAGUUCGGCUGUACGGAACGAUAAAGGAGAAUAGUUUGAUAACAGUGAAGUCAUGUAAAUUGCUUAGAAAUAGUACGUUCCCAGAAUAUGUUGGAUCGCCACAUUCCAAGUUACAUGGAAUGAUUUGGCGUCAACCCUUGCAAAAUGUGUAUGUGGUUAAAAAACCGUGGAAUGACGAUGUAAGACAAGCAAUGUAUCAAUUCAUACGACACUUGCAUGAUCAAUAUCCUGCUGUGAAUGUGAUUGUUAGUGAGGAUGUCGUGGAUGAAUUGAUUGACGAGACUCAGGAACAAGGAAUUAGGAUAUCAGAACUGGGUCCGGGUUCUGGUCCGAGUCCGGGCCUGGAUGUAGCAGGAGCUACAGAAACUCAUACUAAACCACUGAAGGGUAAGAUAACCCUUUACACUGGGAGUGUCGAAGAUGUUGUCAAUAAGACCGAUGUAAUAGUGACUCUUGGGGGUGAUGGGACCAUUCUAAGGGCCGUCAGUACAUUUCUGAAUGCAUGUGUGCCACCAGUACUUAGUUUUGCCUUGGGGACCCUUGGGUUUCUUCUUCCGUUUGAUUUCAGUAAAUUUGCAACAACUUUUAAAAUGGUAUAUGAAUCAAGAGCUAAAGUGCUUCAUAGAAGUAGAUUAGAGUGUCAUGUUGUUCGUAAAGUGCCAGAAAUGAGCGAUUCGGAGUCUUCACUUAAGAAGAAACAAAUCCAACAAUGGAAAAGACAACAAGAAAACCAUUCAUUAUCCAUGGUUCAUGCUAUGAAUGACAUUGUUUUACAUCGUGGUGGGCAGCCAAACUUGUCCUCGAUGGAUAUUUUCAUUGACAAUACUCAUUUAACUACUACUACAGCUGAUGGGUUGGUAUUUGCCACCCCUACCGGUUCUACUGCAUAUUCGCUUUCCUCGGGAGGGUCCAUUGUUCACCCAUUAGUUCAAUGUAUAUUAUUGUCACCCAUUUGUCCUAGAUCAUUAUCUUUCCGACCAUUAAUAUUACCAUCUAUCUCACAUGUUAUGAUUAAAAUGCUGGAAAAAAAUCGCAACACUUCAAUUAAAUUAAGUAUUGAUGGUAUACCACAACAGGAUUUACAUCCAGGCGAUGAAAUCCAUGUUGUUAGUGAAAAUGGAACGAUUUAUCCACAAGGGAAUUAUGCACACUUACCGGCAGGGAUUCCCACAGUUAAAAAUAAUGAAAAUAUGAAGCCAGUGCCCGAUACAAAGGCUCUGCAUCAUAAGGGUAUUUGGUGUGUUGCAAGAAGUGAAACUGAUUGGACUUCAGAUAUAAAUGAAUUACUUGGGUUUAAUAGUUCUUUUAAGCAAAACAGUAGAAAAGAGUGA